UCCAUAUGAUUUUCCAAGAUUUAGAUUUACAUAUCACGACUCCUUUCUCCUGUUAGCCAUCAUCAAGAAAUCAAUAGGGGUCUCCUUUCAUUUUCUCAUUCAUGCCAUUCUUGAGUGUUGUUCUUGGUCUACAGAACACGUGAAGAAACAUUGAGCUGUGAAUCAUUAGAAUUUUGAGGGCAAUGAAGAUGUCAAGAAGGCCCAUAAAUCUUUCUCGACGCAUGUCGGAAAGCGGGUUGUCAGCUCCAUUCUCAUCCACCUUUCAUCCAAGAUCCCGCUCUCCCCCUUACUUAUUUGUUGGAGUCAUCAUUCUGGGAGCAUUUCUCCUCAUUGGUUAUCUGUACCGUGGUCGAGGUACUCUUGAAAAUAGGAUAGCUCUGGGCAGGGUGGAAGGCGACUUUUCAUGUAAUAGAGAAGUUCAACGCGCCAUCCCAAUUCUAAAACAAGCAUAUGGCGACAGCAUGCAUAGGGUGUUGCAUGUUGGUCCGGACACUUGUUCUGUCAUUUCCAGUUUGUUAAAAGAGAAGGAGACGGAGGCUUGGGGUUUGGAACCGUAUGAUAUAGAGGACGUCGAUCAUACGUGCAAGCGUUUGGUGCAUAGAGGCAUUGUUCGUGUUGCUGAUAUUAAGUUUCCUCUUCCCUAUAGAGCAAAGUCUUUUCCGCUAGUGAUUGUCUCAGAUGCGUUGGAUUACUUGUCUCCAAAGUAUCUCAACAGAACCGUUCCUGAAUUAGCCAGGAUAUCAUCUGAUGGCCUUGUCAUUUUCACUGGAUAUCCACACCAUCAGAAACCCAAAGCUGUUGAUAGAGCUAAAUAUGGAAGUUCGGUUAAGUUGAGGAACUCCACCUGGUGGACUCAAUAUUUGGUUCAUUUGAGCUUAGAAGAGAAUGAAGUAGCUGGAAAGAAAUUUGAGCAAGCUGCAGAGAAGGUAUCAUACAGCCCACAUUGCCAAAUUUUUCAUCUCCAACCAUACCAUUAACGUCCAGAUACAAUGCCUUUGGUACUGCAUAUAUAUAUUGGAUCCAUUUGAGGAUUCUUCAACAGAAACUUACAAAAAUUUAAUGUUCCUCCAAAAAAUUGUGUUCUUAUUUUUUACUCAUUUAGUCAGGAAACUUGUGACUUAAACAACAUAUUCAGAGUACUACUUUUGUAUCAAACAUAUAAGAUUUUGGUAAUUUAAAUUAAUGCAGUGGAGGAAUACGACAUGUCACUGUAAUGUAUUGUUCGAUAA